AGAUAUAUUUGUAGAAAUAAUCCGGGGAUUAGAAUUUAUCCGACAUAAGUAGCGCAGUCUGGUGCGCGCGAUUUGCUGGCGACUACCGCACAGUUGGAAAUGGGAUUUUUUUCGGCGAAAGAACGAGUUACCACGCGAUACGUGACCGCGAUAUUAAGGUUAAUCCUGGUCCGUCUGUCGAAGUCGAGUCCCACCAUAAACUCCGUCAACACGCUCACGGCGAUUAAUAAUUGAAGUGCUUUCAUGGUUGUUCGAGCGUAUAUCGAGAAGCGCGUUAAAGAAAGAUGAAUAUUAAAUCAGAGAGAGAAGGAGAAAGAGAAAGAGAUCGGAGAAAAGAGCGGGAAAGACAGACAAGCAUACCAAUCGUGACGGAUUUAGACACGAAAUACGAGAAAGAACGAAGACAAAAAAUCGAAAAAAUAAACGGAUAUAGAAAGAGACAGACAAACAGACACGAUUUCUGCAUUUUCAUCGGCAGAAAAAGAAAAAAUAAAUAUAACGAACGGGGGAAAAAGAACGCAAAAAGAAAGAGGAAACUAACCAACCGGCAAUGGCGUCGAAAGAAUUGUCGACUUAUCGAUAUCAACGCUCAUCUCGAACGCUCGCCGCGAUGGCUGUGUUGGGAGACUGUUCGUACAAUGUCUACAAGAAGUGCAACAGAAGUUACUUGCAGAUGCGGGAGAUUAAUCGUCUACACCUACCUCUUGCUCAGGACAUGGCUUAUCUACCUGAAGAAGAUUACAUCGAGGAACGUGUACGGAAGGAAGAGCAAUCCUUCGAUAGAAAUAAUCGUAAUUUAUUACCGGAAUAUCGUAGUCUUUGCGAAACCGUUACCAAAAAAGUACAAUUAGACGACUCCGAGUACGAGUACCAACCUCCGCAUUAUCAUGAAAUUUAUUGUAAAAGUUACUCUUUGAUAGAUAACAUUGAACGUCCUGUGAAUUUUUCGAAGCAGAAAUGCGUGGAACCCAGUUUUCAUUGCGUUCAAAGAAGUAGAAGGCUAUUGUUAAUGCGACGACGAUGGGACGGAGAGUGUUGGGAACCCUUCUCCAAACAGAUAGCCAGCGGUUGUGAUUGCAUGUGGCCCGUAUCUGUCCUCGGAGAUAUAACUGUUCAUUACUAA